AUGGCGCCUGUACCGAGCGAGGAUGUAUCUUUGUUUCACACUGAGCGUAUCUCGCAAUACGUCUCUAUCCCGCCUUCAUGCCUUUCGGAUCCCUUCUCAGCAGUAUGCGCGACUGUAUUAUCACCAUUGCUCCUCACCUACUUCCCGCCCGCAAAUGGUGUAGUGCUCGCAUAUGAGGAUGUUGAAUUGAGCAGCACGCCUCCGACCGCAUCUGCCACCAAGUCGCAUUCGAAACGUGCGCAGAACGACUCGGAACGCAACAAUGAUUCUCACGCCGAGCCUUUGCUUUUAAAACACGUCGAUGAAUACGCUGCACCCUUCCUCUGGGCAACUGCCUCGUUCCUCGUAUGGCGUCCGGUUCAGAAUGCAUACCUACAGGCCCAUAUUACCGAUCAUGCGAAAACGCAUAUCACACUCGCACAUCUCAACACUUUCCCCGUCAGCAUCCUCAAGGAAAACAUGCCUGCAGACUGGUCAUGGCACCAGAACGAAUCAGGCAAAGUGAAGAAAGGCUGGGACGACAAACUGUCAGAUGAAGGCGGCUGGUGGGUGAACGGCAAGGGGAAGAAGGUGGAGGGUGAACUGCGGGUCAGGAUACGCAACAUUGAUGGCAGAAUGGAUGGUAAAGGAAAGGGAAAGGGUUUCCUGCGUGUUGAUGGUUCUCUACUUUCUCAAGAGGAGGAGAAGGCGGCAAAGGCGGCACAGAAGGCGGGAAGAGGAAACAAGAAGACUACAACAGACGCAGCGAGGACACAGCAGCGGAGAGAUCAGACCAACGGAGAUGUCAUAGCGGUUGAUUCAGAGUCUGAUUGA